AAGCCUUCAUAACUCAUUCGUGGGCCUGCUACUUCCUCCAGGUGAAGCCUACCAGCCCAUAGUGAGAGCGCCAAAUGUGCCGAGUACUCCUCACGCCGGCAGCAGCGUCGCGCCGGCACCUCGUGCAGGUCUCGGAGCGCGAGCUUUUGGAGAAGAAGACGAAGAGGAAGCAAACAAUGGCGGAGCAGGGGACGGCUGGGGACCGAUGAGCACCGGAGGUGGGCUGGGAGCCAAAUCGGCAUCGAAGACCUCCAAUGCGCCCCGGGCACCUGCAUUCUCCAGUGCUAAGCUGGCUACCGCCACAGCACCUCUGCGUCCAUCUGGCGCUGGCAUAGGAGCGGGUUUUGGAAGUGCGACACCUUCAAAAUCUGCCGUCUUACCUGCUGGCAGAGUGGGAGCUUUUGGGACAGAGGAAGAAGAGGACUCGCCUGCUUCGAACAAGCGCAAGGAUCCCCCUGGCAAACGCAAACGUCUGAUGGACAGCUUCGCAGGGGAAUUGGCAAGAGACCAAGCGGAGCGUGAAUCUCGCUUGAAAGAGCGCAUUGGCGCGGAGGGUACAUCCGUCUCUUCUUUGUUGGCUGCCGAGUCUGCACCAAAAGGAGGCAGCAGACCCGACACGAGCGAUAUGACCACAACCAACGUCUGCGUCACAAAUCUCCCGGCAGAAGUGCCAGAAGCUGCUCUCGGUCGAUUUUUCAGUCGUUGGGGCGACGUCGGGACGGCAAAGAUCAUGUAUCCCCGCGAGAGAGAAGCGAACAGGCAAGGCUUGGUUGGCUUUGUAUCCUACAUGAAGAGAUCCGACGCCGAGUAUGCUUUGAGAGAAGCGGAUGGAAUACUAUGGACUGGAGCAGGCUCGUUUUCAGGCGGUCCAAUUUUGAGAACUGGGUGGGGAAAAGCCAUGCCGUUGCCGCCGACCGCAUGUUUCUUGCAACCGUCUUCUGCCAAGAUAGCGUCGUCGACUGCGCGCGGUGCUUCGCCCACUAGCACGACUGUGCGGGCGCGACAAAGAUCACCAGGCAGCGGACCUGUGCCGCACCGCAAGCCCCGCCCCACCGCCUCUGGGUCAAUGCCAGAUCUUAUCAAGCAAGUGGAAGAGGCCGUCGGAGCGCCCGGUAUGGAGCUGAUUCGGGAUGUUGCAAAGAGAGUGGUCGAUCAUGGCGACGGGUAUUAUCUAAAGGCUAUGAGGGACAAUGGCACCACAGACGUCAAGGACAAAUUUGCGUUUAUGUGGGAUGAGAACCUGCCCGCAUACCACUAUUACAGGACCCUAGUGGAUCCGGAUCACUUGCCCAUCAUCGACGCCCCACCAUUUGCUGAUGACGGCUACCUAUCACUCUACUCUUCCGAUUCUGAAGAGGGCUCCGAAGUGGAACGACAGCGCAAGUUGCAAAAGACCGACACUCUUGGUCCGAUCGCUAGAAGGAGACUCGAAGCGAUGCUGCGAAGCAUUACUUCUCGACGAGAGCGUAUCGCUCGAGUCAUGUGCUUUGCUUUGGAACGAGGCGCUGCAGCAGAUCAGAUUUCAGAGGUCCUCGUCGCUUCACUUCUGCAGCCGGGCACCCCGUUGGCCAGGAAGCUUGCCCGCUUGCAUGCCGUCUCGGACAUUCUGCACAACAGCGCGGUUCCACUGCCCAAUGCGUGGAAAUAUCGAGCAGCGCUAGAAGCCCGUUUGGAUGCUGCCUUUGUGCACUUGGGCCAGACAGCUAGGGUGUUAGGAGGAAGAAUUCGGCAAGAAGGCUUCAAGGAGCAAGUGAGAAGUGUUCUGAUGCUUUGGGAGGAAUGGUUGGUAUUUCCUCCGGAUGUUUGCAAGAGGUUCAGGGUGAAGCUGGAUGGGAACGAAGAAGCACACAAGGAAGAGCACACCCCUGCUAAGGAAAGCGCGCCUGAUGAGGACAUGCGCCAAGGUUCGAGUGAAGGUGCUUCGACUCGCAUCAGGCCUGCUGCACACUCUGGCCAUGUGCCGCUUCUCGGAUGAUCAUUGCCAUUCGUUAUGCGUGAAAACCAUGCUCAAAAAGCAUGCAUCCGUCGUCGUGACGUUAGCUUCCCCACUGAAUAUCGUGACCAUGUCGAUC